AUGGCUGAAACUAAGGGUAAGAAGUCAGACAAUAUAAGAUUUGAGAUUGAGCGUAGGCAGGAGGUCGAUAUUUCUAGUUUCAGAAUUGAGACUGCGGAAGAAAUCACUAAGAUUGGAAACAAGAGGUCCCGUGAAUUUGGAGCUAUCCAUCGAUAUGCUACAUUCUUGCCAGAGGAGCCUACAUCAUCUUCGACUAUGAAGCAAACAACAAUUGAUGUAGCUGAGCGCAAAAGAAGAAAGGAGUUGGUCCACGAAUGGGUCUCUCUUUGGACCUAUGAAGCAGGAAUUCCAUUUCAUGCAUUGAUGCUCCCUUCUUUCAAUAAUAUGUGUGAAGCUAUUGGUAAGUUUGGUCCAGGUUAUGUGGGACCGACGAUGUAUCAGUUGAGGGAGCCUUUGUUGAAGAAGGCAGUAUCACGUACUUCAGUUGGUUUGGAGCCACAUAAGAAGCUUUGGGAGACUAACGGCUGCACAUUGAUGACAGAUUCGUGGAUUGAUCGAAAACACAGAUGUGUUAUGAACAUGUGCAUUUAUUCUAGUGCCGGGGUUAUCUUCUACAACUCGAUAGAGGAGUCUGAUGAAUCUCAUACCGGAGAUUUUAUUUAUAAGUGGGUUGAUCAGUGCAUCCAGGAGAUAGGGGCAGACUAUGUUAUACAAGUUAUCACUGAUAAUCACUCAGUGAAUAUGGCUGCAAAGGAGAAGCUAAAAAGUGAGAGGCUGAGAAUCUUUUGGACUUCUUGUGCGGCACACAACCAAUCUCAUGUUGCAGGAUAUUGAAAAAUUAACAAAAUUUAAGAAUACAAUUGAGAAGGCUCGGGCUUUGACUGUUUUUAUCUAUGGCCACACCAGGACUUUGGCACUAAUGCGUAAGUGCACGAGGAGGAAGAACAUUGUCAGGCCGAGCACCACUAGAUUUGCUAUCUCAUUCCUCACACUAGGAAGUCUAUUGGAGAAGAAUGAUGCACUGAUGGCCUACGUUACCUGGACUCGGGUACGAGUAUCCGAUACGGGUGCGGAUCCGAGUGUCUGGUGGGGGUCGUAUAUUAUAGGAGAAUUACAGAUAUUGGAAGAGUCGGAUAGGGUAAGACGAAGCUGUGAAUCGACUCUUUGGAGUCAGUUUUCACGAAUCUCGAUGGGAAAAUGCAAGCGGCAAGAGGCAACUUGGUCAAAAUGUUUUCAUGGGUGUUGGAAAAAAUCAAACGGUGGACGGCUAGGAUUAACCAUGGGCGGCGAAAAGAUUGAUCCGAAUCAGCAGGAGGGGAAUAGAAUAUGGUGAAGUGGAUUUAGGCAAACUCUUUUAUUUUUUUCUUUCAUUGAGAAAGCAAAGUCAUUAAAUGAUCAUGGGCGGCGUGCUGCAAGCCUGCAGCUAGCUUUGAUUUUUUUCAUUCUACCCCCCCUUUUUCCCAUUUUUUCACAUAACUGUAGCAUUGUCUAUUUAUCUCUUGUUUUUGUCAAAAAAUAACAUAUAUUAUUUAGUAAGUGAUAUUUAUGUUAUCCUAUCUUAAAAACA